AAAGGGCCGCGAUCCGGCUGGUGUCCUAAGGUAUCCUUGCGGUAAGCGCCUUUGGACCCGAAGAGCUGCCCUCAAGAAGCAGCUGAGAAUCAGAGGUAGGCAAGCGAGAGCAGGAGUGGACCAAGAGCUGAUGCAAGGCUAAUGGUGAUUACCGGCGGGCAACGGUGCUGGGCCAGGCCAUGUCCUCCAGUGGGGCAGUGACUGUGGCUGCCAGGCUCCAAGGGGCUGCAAGAAGCAACAUCUGCGUUGUGACAUUCGUGCUGCGAGAGCUUUUAUCCCUGCUGCCACACCUGGGCUUCUGCCCAGGGGGAGGUGGCCAGGGCCUUGGGAUGCUGCCCUCUAAGCAGUGCAGCUCCCCAGCAGUCUCACCCAGCGCCUCGCCUCGCAACUCUCCCGUCCUCUUCAGGAAGCUGAUGAUGAACCAAAGAAUCCGGCUCCAGCGGCGCUUCACCGUGGCCCACCCUCUUUGCUUUGACAUCGAGAAUGGCUUUUCUCCAGGCCGGAGCCCCUUGGAUUCCCCAGCAAACCCAGGUCUGGGGCUCAUGCUACAAGGAAACACCCCACAUAGCCAACGCCGGGAGUCCUUCCUCUACCGCUCAGACAGCGAUUAUGACCUCUCACCCAAAGCCAUGUCACGUAAUUCUUCUGUUGCCAGCGACAUGCAUGGAGAAGACCUGAUAGUAACCCCAUUUGCUCAGGUCCUGGCCAGCCUACGGACAGUGCGCAGCAAUUUUGCCAUUUUGACCCACCUGCAAGAGCGCAUCUCCAGCAAGCGAAUGUCCAGCAUCGCCAUGCCUUCGUCCACAUGCAAAGGAAAUCUGUCAGAGGAUGCGUCACAGAAACUGGCCAUGGAGACCCUGGAGGAGCUGGACUGGUGCCUGGACCAGCUGGAGACCUUGCAGACCCGCCACUCUGUCAGCGAGAUGGCCUCCAAUAAGUUCAAGAGGAUGCUUAAUCGGGAGCUGACCCACCUGUCGGAAACAAGCCGCUCUGGGAACCAGGUGUCUGAAUACAUCAGCAAUACUUUCCUUGACAAGCAACAUGAGGUGGAGAUUCCAAUCCCAGCCUCCCGGGAGAAAGGCAAAGACGAAGCAAAGCAUCCGAUGUCACAGAUCAGCGGUGUGAGGAAGCUGAAGCACACUUCCAGUUUCAGCUGCGCUGUUAUCCCACGCUUUGGGGUCAAGACCGACCAGGAGGGGCCCUUGGCCAAGGAACUAGAAGAUGUGAACCGGUGGGGUCUUGAUGUGUUCAAAAUCUCUGAAUACUCCGGCCACCGGCCACUAACUGUUGUGAUGUACAGCAUCUUCCAGGAAAGGGACCUGCUGAAAACUUUCCGCAUCCCAUCAGACACUUUCAUCACUUUCCUGAUGACCCUGGAAGACCACUACCAUGGUGAUGUGGCCUACCACAACAAUAUCCAUGCUGCUGAUGUGGCCCAGUCGACACACGUGCUUCUCUCCAUGCCAGCUUUAGAGGCUGUCUUCACAGACUUGGAAAUCUUGGCUGCCAUCUUUGCAGCUGCCAUUCAUGAUGUGGACCACCCAGGAGUCUCCAACCAGUUUCUGAUCAGCACCAACUCAGAACUGGCUCUGAUGUACAAUGAUGCUUCCGUGCUAGAGAACCACCACUUGGCCGUGGGCUUCAAACUCUUGCAAGAGGAAAACUGUGACAUCUUUCAGAACCUCUCCAAGAAACAGCGGCAGCUGCUUCGCAAGAUGGCAAUCGACAUGGUCCUGGCAACAGACAUGUCCAAACACAUGAACCUUCUUGCUGAUCUGAAGACGAUGGUGGAGACCAAGAAAGUGACUAGCCUGGGCGUCCUCCUCUUGGACAAUUACUCAGACCGCAUUCAGGUCCUGCAGAACAUUGUCCACUGCGCAGACCUGAGCAACCCCACCAAGCCGCUAGAGCUCUACCGUCAGUGGACAGACCGCAUCAUGGUGGAAUUCUUCCACCAGGGAGACAGAGAGAGAGAAAAGGGGAUGGAGAUCAGCCCGAUGUGUGACAAGCACAAUGCUUCAGUCGAGAAGUCCCAGGUGGGAUUCAUUGACUACAUUGCACAUCCACUGUGGGAAACCUGGGCCGAUCUGGUGCACCCAGAUGCCCAGGAAAUCCUGGACACCCUGGAAGAUAACCGGGAAUGGUACCAAAGCAUGAUUCCCCAUAGCCCCUUGCCCCCCGCUGAGGAGCCAGGGUCCAAGAACAGUGGUGGAGGCCCCGACAAGUUCCACUUUCAGCUGACCCUGGAGGAGGAGGAAGGAGAGGAGUCAGACACUGGGCCUGAGACUGAGAGCCCCCUGGAGGGGGAGAGCAGCCAGCCCCAGUCCAUGGGCACCACCGAGGACUCAGGAUCCGCCAGUGAGCAGCCGUCCCCCCUCAUGGACCGACCAGGCAGCCCCUGCAGGGACACCCUGGGGCCGCAGAAGGAGACUUCGGAGGUUGAUAACCAAAGGACACUCCCAGGAGGCAAUGAGGGCUCAACAGCAGCCCACAGCGGACUCACAAGGAGGGGGGGCACGAAGGUCACAGAGCCAAGUCUGGAUGCAGAAGGAAACGUCCCCUUUUUACCCCUUGGGACAUAGUGAGGGCAGGCGCUGCUGUUGCUCCGUGCUGGCAGAGCCAGGGGGCGUUAAGAGAGCCCCCCAGAUCUCGCUGACCCCCACUGCAAGAAGCUGGGACUGUGAAUCCUUCUUCCUGCAACAAAAUAUGUGGGAGAAUGUCAAGUCUGAGUGGUGGGAGAAUUAAGGGGCAAAUGACCAGGCUGUGCCUCCUCAUGUGACGUCUUCCCUCCAGUGCUCAUGGCAACUGUCUUGUGCCAAGCCCAGCCUAGCAGAGAGAGACUCUUUCUCUCCCCCUCCUGUCAGCUUCACAACAUGGCUACUUCCCAAUCUGGCUUCCAGUUGAGAAGAACUGACUUUUUGCUUUUUGACUGUUUGGGGGACAAGAGCUCUCUGCUGUCUUUCUGGAGGGGUAGAUGUGGUUUUCUUGACGUAGCCAGUGGCUAUCAGUGGCCCCCACCAACAGUGUUCACCCUAGAAGUCACCUGCUGGUUGCCUGGCUUAGGCAGGAAACUAAAGGCCCCUGGCCUGCUGUAUUUUGCUGUGCUCGUCUUCAGGGCCCUUCUGUCAGAUUCAGGUUACCUGCGUGUGGCAGCUGAAUUGGGGCGGGGGGAGGGGAGGCUCCAUACCGUCUUUUCUUCCCCUAUGGAAAUAUUUAUAGAAAGCUACAAAAAUUACUUCUCUGUCUCUGUUUCGAGGUAAACAUUUUCCACUGAGGGAAAAAUUCCAGUAUUUUUCAAAAGAUUGCGAAAGCUUUAUAGAAGACGGCCACUUAUCUUUGAGUAUCCAGGAUGGGGGAGACUUUCUUCAUAACUAAAGGGAAUCAGUGUGUUGUAAGGUUUAAUUAAUUGGAUCCUAGUACAAAGUGGCUUUAAUAACAGCACAUAACCCAUCAAUCAAUUAUUUAUUGGAAAUAAACCACAGACAAUUUGGCCCUUCUGAAAAUAACAAUUUUCUGGACUUUUAAAUCCUUGAUUAAAUCAUUUCCCCUUUUCAGUGAUGUCUCGUAGGUGUCCAGGAUUUCCCUGCUGGCCACUGUGAAGAAGUGGCAGGGACUGCGUGUACAUCAGAUGGCCUGUGGGCGAGGUUGUGAUUUUUUUUUUUUUAAGGAAACUGAACAUUUUCCUCCCCAAAUGGCAAAUGUUUUAAAGCCAAGUGUUUUAAUUUUGUUUUCUAAACACAGUAUUUACUUUUAAAAAUUCUGCCUGAGGUUCUGAAAUACUGGCUUCCCAGUACAGAGAAGAAGGGUUGUUGCCAGGCUGGGCCACUUUCAGGAUCCUCCCCUACCCGGUUCUUUUCAUGCCACUAAUGCUACUUUCUUGCUUCAGUGGAAGACUGCCUGUGCCUUCUGCCUUAUGAGUUUCCACUUUGUGUGACUUGCCUCUUUUACAAAUUGAGACUCGCUGCUACAAAUGGGAUUUGUGGUGCCACUGAUUCUUGCCAAGCCAGGGGUUCACUCAGUUCCCUUUGUUCCAUAUCACUGUGCAGUGCAUUUUCCACAGAGAUGUCCCGCAACGAAAAGUCGGGUUCUUCCUAGAGCACUUCACAGCACCAUGGGAUGAGGCAGCCCAUCUCUCGACUUGCUUUUCUCGCAUAGUUGCUGCUGGGGGUGUCUUAGAGCACCAGUUUUGUAGAGCAUCCUAAGGAGACUAGCUGGAUGGAACUGAUGGUUCAGGACCCCUGAAAGGAGCAGAGAGAAAUGCAGGUACAGCAGCAGAAGAACGGGAAGGGAAGACUGAGGCCUAGAGGUCGGACAGGCUUACUUGGGGGCACAGCUCGUGAUCCAAGAAAGCUCAUGCCUGAGGGAUGGGGCAGGUAGCCUUGCACCUCCUUUGCAAUUGAAGCGCCAGAAGUAUGGAGGGCAUCACUUCACCCUAUGUAUCUCUUGUUCAAAAAUCCAAAUGUCCCACCACUGUCCUUCCAUAUGGAAGAGGAUCCCCAGAUCCCUGCUAGCAAGAUUAUCUAUGAUUUAUUGUGGAGAAGGGGGACAGAGCUGUGUCAUUUUAAAGAAAUGUUUAUAGUUUGAUGUGUAAUAAUAAGCAGAUUGACAAGUCAUGACCUUGGCACCAGUUUGCUCACACUCACGUUUCAUUGUUAGAAAGUGGCAUCACUGUGAAUUGCACUAGGAAAUGGUGCCUACAUUUUUCACUUUGCACUUUGAGUUUGCUGCUCUGUUGCUGGGGGGCAGGCCCAACAAGUUGGGUUACCAUGUCUUUGUGGAAUAAGCACCAUCAUUGUUAUAGGGGGGAAAGAGUUUUGUUUUCUCUAGUGUUUAAAUUUCCUUCCAGUAUUAACCCUUUUCUCACCACCAUUUCUUCACUCUUUUGCAGUGUGAUUCAGUGUAUAAACAUGCACAUUUCAAUCAUCAUAUAAAAGAUCUGGGACUGAAAUGGAAACGCUGACCUCAGGCAUUUUCAAAACAAUAAAAUUUACAGUGGAGGGAGAAAGCGGACAAAGAAGGAAGGGAUAACUUUUUAAUGUCAUCAAAUGCAAUUAUAUUAGACUUUUGUUACAGUUCAGAAGGAAGAGUGGUGUGUGUAUGUGUGCACAUACUUGUACAUGCAGGUGUGUGUCAUGGGAAGGUUUUGAGGAGAAAUUGAAAACUGAGCUAGCAUUGUGUAUGUUUACUGAGAAGGAGGCUGAUGGGCAAAACUGGGCUGGAAAAAUGGAGACAGAAAGAACGAGUCACAACUAAGGAGAGAUUUGAGGUAAGGAAAUUGUGCUAGAUUCUUAAAAACCUUGAAACUCUUGUUAAAGGCCAUUGGCCAAUUGGAGUAAAAGCUCCACUAAUCUUGUUGGCCCAUAUUUUUUGUUCUACUGUCUAGUGCAAGUCCUGAAGCUGGUUAAACCUUGUAUGGUGUACAUCCCAUGCACAUCUGCCAUGUGUGAAGUGUGACACGAUAGUGCUGCCAAACAAUGCAUUUGUGCAAAGAUUCACUUGCAUUUCUUCAUGCAGAGGCCUCUUUAUCUGGUGUGCCCUCUCCUCCAAAAUGUAUGCAGCUUGGCUUUGCCAUCUUUUGAGUACCCUGAGUUAUAUCGGGAGGGUUAGGGUUGGCUGGCUGACUCUCUGGGGUAUGAAAUGUUCAGGCAGUUCUCCUGAACUGGUAUUGCCUUGGCUGUCACUUGGCUGGUGUUGCCUUUCCUCCCUAGAAACGUAUCACUGACACACUAGACUCCAAAACAAUGUAAAUAUUUAAUUCAAAGGCAUGCAGCUGUCUCUCACUUCUGUUCCUGUCUGUUUCCUGCUUGUCCCUCAACUUUACAUAAACAUCUAUCUGGUCUGGCAGAGAACUCUUGUAUCCUCCAGGAUUUAUUGCAAGCUCCGGGCACUACCUGCCAGCAACAAUUCCUCGUCUAGUUCCUGCACCAUUUCUAGAUGGUGUGCUUGAUUCCCACACUGUGUUUCUAGUCCUUGCCACAGGUUCCCAAAUCCAUCUUGAGAAAUGUUUGGAGAUUUGGGGGCGUGUCUACGAGAGGGGGAAAUUUAGAAAGGAUUUAACCUAGAAUUUAUGGUAUACUACAGAGUCUGCCGGGAACUGAUCUCUGUAGUCGGGAGAUCCGUUGUAAUUCUGGGCCCCAUCUGGAAGUUGGCAACGCAACAUAUUGCAGAGAAGCCAAGACAUCGGCAACACCCUAAAGGGAAAGGCCAAAAGUCCAGCCUUUGGGCUGCACCUGUCAGGAGUUUGGGUGUGGCAGAAGAGAUGAGAAAGAUGAUUUAACACAGUCUGUCCAAGACUGUUGGGUCAGCAGACUAGUUGAACUAAAGAUCUGACACAGUCUAACGGAUGUGCAGAUGAGAUAGCAAUAUCGGAGUCCAGUACCUAGAUCCAGUCAUGUGUUUGGUGUCUAACAGAGCCUGAAACAAAUCUGUUUGUUGAUUUAUUUUACAUUAGGUGGCCAAAGGGGGAGGCAGGGGCCUCAGAUUGAGUGGUAAAGACGGGGAGAGCCCAGUGGCGAUGGAUUUACAGGUCAGCUGAGAUAAAGGCUAGGUCAGCUCUGGAACAUAAAAUAAGGAACAGAAGUGAAUCUGAGCAGCUGCAGACCACCUUUCCCCUUCCAGCUGCCUUUUGCUGUCAUCAUCACAGCCAGUCUGCCCAUGAUAGAAUCGGAGGCCAUGGCAAGCCAGCCACAUUUCCUUUUUGUUUUUUCAGCAUCAACUCUAAUUUUCUUCUGCUGUCCAAAAUCUUGCAGGAAGGGCCUGUAGAUUUGAACUGUGAUGUUGUGUUGCCAUCUAGUGGCAACAAAGAAGCCCUUGAACUAUAAGAUUUUACUCCCAUCAAGUGCAUGAUGCUAGCUCCCAAAGAUCUGUUGAUAUGUCUGAUAUGAAUAAAAUGAAAAUGAUUUUAACUCAA